AUGUCAGGUCCAACUCCGUCAAUGGCUCCGGGCCAGCCAACCUUCGUCCCUGUCGAACCUUCUUCUGGUCUCUGGGAGCGGUUAACACAAUGGGCUUCCGAGAACAAGACUGUCGUCUACACUAUUGCUGGUGUCGGCAUUGCUGUUACGGGUGCCGGUGUUAUUUACUACCUCAAUGAUAACAGCGCCAAGGACACAACACCAAAGCUGAGCAAGAAGGAGAGGAGAAAGCGAAAGGAUGGCGACCGCAAAGUUGAUAGGGAAGCACCCUCAACUAGCCCCUCCCAACCAAAAGCUGCCUCUGCUGAGACCGAGCCAGAGCUGCCCGAUGUCGAUGAAGAGAUAGUCUCUACCCUCACCCAGGAUCAGCGUGAAGAGUAUGCUGCCAAGUUGAAGCAGGCCGGUAACAAGGCUUAUGGCGACAAGUCAUACAACAAAGCCAUUGAACUUUACUCCAAGGCCAUUCUCUGCAAGGCCGACCCUGUCUUCUACUCCAACCGAGCCGCCUGUCACAGCGCCAUGAGCGAAUGGGAUCAGGUUAUUGAGGACACCACCGCCGCCAUCAACAUGGACCCUGACUACGUCAAGGCCAUCAACCGUCGCGCCACCGCCUACGAGCACCAGAAGAAGUACUCCGAGGCCCUCCUCGAUUUCACUGCCUCGUGCAUCAUCGACAACUUCAAGAGCGAGUCCACCGCCCAGGCUGUCGAGCGACUUCUCAAGACCUUCGCUGAGCAAAAGGCCAAGGAGAUGAUGGAAUCCCGACCCCCCAAGCUGCCCAGCCCUAUCUUCGUUGGCAACUAUCUCCAGAGCUUCCGUCCCAAGCCCCGACCCGAAGGACUCGAGGAUUCGGAAGAGUUGGAUACCCAUACUGGCAAGGGACAGGUGCAGGUUGGUCUCCAGGCUUUGGAGAAGAAGACUGGUGAUGGUUACGAGGAGGCUCGACAGGCAUUCGAGAAGGCUCUGGAGCUCGGCGAUCUUGGCGAGUACGAGGCUCUUGCCUACAACAUGAGAGGUACCUUCCGCACUCUGCUGGGCAACCAUGCCGAAGCCACCCAGGACUUCGACAAGAGCAUCGAGCUCGACCCCUCCAUGACGCAGAGCUACAUCAAGCGUGCCAGCAUCAGCCUGGAGCUUGGUGAGCCCGAGAAGGCCGAGCAGGAGUUUGCUAAGGCUCUCGAGCAGGACAACAACGACCCCGAUGUCUACUACCACCGUGCCCAGGCCCACUUCAUCAAGGGUGACCUUGCCGAUGCCCAGAAGGAUUAUCAGAAGUCAAUCGACCUCGAUAAGGACUUCAUCUUCUCCCAUAUUCAGCUCGGUGUCACUCAGUACAAGAUGGGCUCGAUCGCUUCGUCCAUGGCUACUUUCCGACGAUGCAUUAAGAACUUCCCCAAGGUGCCCGAUGUUUACAACUACUACGGAGAGCUGCUCCUCGACCAGGGCAACUUCUCCGAAGCUGUCGAGAAGUUCGACACUGCCAUGGAGAUGGAGAAGCAGACCAAGCCUAUGUCCAUGAACGUUCUGCCCCUUAUAAACAAGGCCUUGGCCCUUUUCCAGUGGAAGCAAGACUUCAAGGAGGCCGAGGCUCUCUGCCAGAAGGCUCUCAUUAUCGACCCCGAGUGUGAUAUCGCUGUUGCCACCAUGGCCCAGCUCCUUCUCCAGCAGAACAACGUUCCCGCUGCCCUCAAGUACUUUGAGCGUGCGGCCGAGCUUGCCCGAACCGAGGGCGAGAUCGUCAACGCCUUGUCCUAUGCUGAGGCGACCCGAACACAAGUUCAAGUCACAGAGAAGUAUCCCAAGUUGGCAGCCAAGCUCGCUGGUGGCGCCGGACCCGGCGGCCUUCGCAUGGGCCCUCAAUAA